UGCGGGAGCGCACCAUCACCAUCACCACACACCAUGGUCGGCACGACAUCCAAGAAGCAGAAGCUCUCACCCGGCGUCGAGGCCAACGUCAAGGCGUGCCAGAACGUGUUGAAGGCGCUCAAGAAGUCGCACGUCUCCGCGCCCUUCGCAGUGCCGGUCGACUGGAAGGCGCUCAACCUGCCGCUCUACCCAAAGAUGAUCAAGCAUCCGAUGGACCUGGGCACCAUCGAGAAGAAGCUGCUCGCCGGCCGGUACUCUGCCGUCUCCGACUUUGCGGCAGACAUCUCGCUCGUGUGGGACAAUGCGCAGACCUUCAACUCGGACGGGAGUGAGAUCUACGACGCGGCGGCGCAGCUGCGUGAGCUGUCCGACGCGCAGCUGUCGGGCGUCUCCCCUGGCCCGCUGAGCGACGGCGGCGGCGGCGGCGGCGCCAGCGGCUCGCUGUCGGGCGAUGAGCUCGGCCAAUGCAAGGCCGUGCUGCGUGAAAUCAAGAAGAAGGACAUCGCCGACCCAUUUUUGACGCCGGUGGAUUGGAAGGCGCUUGGCAUCCCCGACUACCCGACCGUGGUGAAGCGGCCGAUGGACUUGGGGACGGUUUCGUCGCAGCUUGAGGGGGGGCACUACUCUUCGGUGCGGCAGCUCGCCGCCGACGUGGACCUGGUAUGGAAGAACGCCAUGACGUACAACAUCGACGGCUCGUGGAUCUAUCAGUCCGCGUCCAAGCUCAAGGCCUUCGCCGACGCCAAGUUCAGCCCGCUGCUCUCCGCGUCGGGCGGGGGCGGCGCGGAGGGCGAGGUCACGGAGCUGACCUUCGAGAUGAAGGCGCAGCUCAACCAGAACGCUAACCUGCUCUCCUCAAAGGACUUGUACGGCAUGGUUGGCAUCGUUGAGGAGAGCUGCAAGAAGGCGCUGGACGCGACCAAUCCGUCCGAGGUGGAGAUCGACAUCGACACGCUCGACCUCGCCACGUUCCUCAAGGUCGAGCGCUACGUGCAGGAUUGCCUCGCCCGGCAGAAAAAGAAGAGCAAGUAGACCGCAGCUUCCCGCGCCUCUUUGUGGCCCCGCCACCUCGUACUAGUCCAGUGCAGACCCGCCCCCACUGUAAGUCACCCUCCCAUGAGCCAUGUACCUCAUAUCUACACACGACGGACCUCCCACAGUGCUCGACCAAUAUGCCGCCCGCGACCCCCACGCCUCCAGCCGCGCACGUAAGUGUGCCCAGAGCGGCGCACCAUGCAGAGGCCCGAGAUCCUCGGAGGAGCCUCCGGGGGGGCGAGUCUCUCGGUGUCUCGGUGUUGGGUGUACACACAACACAGUUGAAUGCGAACCCUCUUUUACUGAAAAAA